UGUGUUUUCUUUCAGCCAUUAAUUUCGCGUUCGCUGCCACCUUCGAGGCGAGAUUCUUCUCCAUCGCUCCUCGCCUUCUCCCUACUGGUGAGGGAGGGGGAGGCCUCUCUCUCGUCUCAUUGCCCGAGACCUAGCGAUGCAGUAGGCGGAUCGACAACAGGUACAGAUGGAUUAGCGUUCCACGGAGUCCCUCGAUUCAUCAUCGCAGCAGGGAGUGAUGGGGCGGAGGAAGGUGUCGGCGUUGCUCCUUUUGAUCGUCUUCUUCGGGGGGUUUUGCUGCGCCUCUGCUGCUUCCCCAGCUAGGUUUGCGAGCGUGUUGUUCUCCAAUCUCUUGUCUGCCCUCUGGCGGCGGAUUUGGUCGGCGACGACGGAUUCGAGGAUCGCGAUCUCGAGCCGCUCGAACGUGAAGUUCGAGAGUGGAUACAGCGUCGAGACUGUUUUCGAUGGGAGUCGGCACGGAAUCGAGCCGUUCUCCGUCGAAGUCAUGCCGGGAGGGGUGCUUCUGGUUUUGGAUUCCGAGAACAGCAACAUCUACAAGAUUUCUUUGCCCUUGUCGAAAUACAGCAGACCUAAGCUUGUUGCUGGUUCAGCUUACGGAUCGAGUGGUCAUGUUGAUGGGAAACCACGCGAAGCAAGGAUGAACCAUCCAAAAGGACUCACAGUUGAUGACAAGGGUAACAUUUAUGUUGCCGACACAAAGAAUAAAGCAAUUAGGAAAAUCAGUGAUUCUGGUGUUACAACAAUAGCUGUAGGGAAGUCGUACAGAGUGGGCAGUAUAGGUCUGCAUAUUGAAGAUGCAAAGUUCUCUGACGAUUUUGAGGUAGUGUAUGUCAGUAGUAGCUGUUCUCUUCUGGUGGUUGACAGAGGAAAUCAGGCAAUCAGGGAGAUCCAUUUGAAUUUUGACGAUUGUGCUGACCAGUAUGGAGCUCACCUUUCUCUAGGAAUCACAAUGUUGUUUGCUGCUGCUUUCUUCGGGUACAUGCUUGCAUUGGUGCAGCGGAGAUGGGUUGUCGUAGCAUCUUCUUCUCAUGAAGAAAAAACUACCACAAGAAGCUAUUCGGCUAGUCCUCAUCAUCAGCCAUUAAUUCCACCCGAAACUGAAACCGAAAAGCAGGAAGAAGUAGAAGGCUUCUUCACCUCACUAAAGGAGAUCACUGCAUCUGCUGCUGCUUCUAUUGCUCCAAUAUUUGGUCGAAUCUUAUCGAGAAGAAACACGCCUAGUCACCUCAGAAAUCAACAACCGCGACAAGAGGACAAUGUAUGGCCUCUGCAGGAAAGCUUAGUGGUCCCUGAUGAAGAACCACCUCCAUUUGAAACACAAACACACAGUCCGCGCAAGACCUACGCAUUUAUGUCGAAGAAUUCAGAGAAGCUCCAGCAACUACAGCACGAUACAGCCUAUUUCACCGAAUGGGGUGGAGCGGAGCGCCACAACUGCAGCACCACCUGAGAUGACACAAGAGGUGGUGUUUGGUGCAGUCCAGGAAUCUGGUAGUUGAUAGGAUGAAGCAGAGAUGAAGUCUGUGGAACAUGGAGAUCCUCUCCAAACCUUCUGCGAACUCUGCUCUGAGAUGAAAGAGGAGAUUGUGUUUGUUGAUCACUAGCAGAAGUUUUAACAUCUGCCUGAUAUACGGAGAGAGAGGGGGAGGGAGAGUUAAAACUUGAAUAAAAUUCCCUAGUGUUAGGUCGUAUUAUAUUUCUUAUUACAUAAACUGGACUUUUAGUAAAGUUGUAAAUGAAUGAAACGUUCAACAUGAUAAGAAUUUAUUUAUGAUUA